AUGGAUCAUCAUCAUCGCCCGACGACGAGGCGCCAAGCGCUCGGUGAAAUCAACGGAAACUUGAGAGGAGGAAAUAAUAACAAAGAUGCGGUGAAGAAAGGAGAGGUUCAGCAACACGGAUACAUCCGAACCAGAUCUGGUCGCACGCCGAAAGCGCCGAUUCAAAGUUCCUCUGAAAAUAAUGGCCCCGACGUUUCCAUGGCGAAAUCAUCCGGAGGAGGGAACAAAAGCGCUCACACUAGACAUAACAACAACAACACCGACCCGGAAGUGGACGGAAGAGAGAAUAAGCUCGGUGGAUCCUCUCGGUUGGCGAAGCACGAUCCGUUGCAAACGUACUCGCAAAACUUGACCAACAAAGAGUUGAGAGAAGUGAGAGAUAUCGACGCUUUGGAUAAGCAAAACCCGUUGGCGGUGACGGAGUUCGUGAACGAUAUGUUCAACUAUUGGUUUCGAGUGGAACCGUUGACCCGAGUGAGUUGCAAUUACAUGAGGUCGCAAACGGAUAUCAACCAUAAAAUGCGCGCGAUUUUAGUCGAUUGGUUGGUUGAGGUGCACUUGAAGUUUAAGUUGAUGCCGGAGACGUUGUUUUUGACGCACAACUUGAUCGAUCGAUUUUUGGAGAAGAAGGUGGUGUCGAGGAAGAAUUUGCAAUUGGUUGGCGUGACGGCGAUGUUGUUGGCAUCCAAGUACGAAGAGAUUUGGGCGCCGGAAGUGAGAGACUUCGUGUACAUCUCCGACAAGGCGUACACGAGAGAGCAAAUUAUUGAGAUGGAAAAGGACAUGUUGUCCGAGCUCGGGUUUCAUUUGACCGUGCCGACGCCGUUUCAUUUCUUGAGCAGAUUUUUCAAGGCUGCCGGAGCGGACAAGCAAAUGCAAUUACUGUCCAACUUUUUGGUAGAGUGCGCGUUGGUGGAUUACGGAGCUUUGAAGUUUUCCAACUCUAUGUUAGCCGCGAGUUGCGUGUACGUGGCGAUGAGGUGCUUGAACAAAGGGAGAUGGGACGCGAACAUGAAGAUCCACACGAGGUACGCCGAGAGCGAUAUUUUGGAGUGCGCUGACGCGGUGUCGAGAUUACAAAGAGCGGCACCGACGGCGAAUUUGAGCGCGGUGUACAAGAAGUAUUCCAACGAUAAGUUUAUGGCGGUGGCGAAGAUUGCCCCGGCGGAUGGGUUAGGCGAUGACAUGAACUCUUAA